AUGAAUGAAUGUGGUGCCGUACAAAAGAGCAGUAGUGUAAGAGUGAAGAGAAUUGAGCAAUCAACAAUACAAAUAAUGACACGUUAUUUUCUCGUUUUCGCAACUUUUAUCCUCUUUGAACUUGUUCAUAGCGAAGAACAACUUGUUCAAACAGAUUCUCGUUUGUCUUCCUCAUCAUUAUGUUCGAUUCACCGACAAGGAUUCAGCCAAUUCGAACGUGUCCAACUAACAUCUACAUCCAUCAAUAUUCGCUUGAAAAAUAUUUUUUCCGAGGUCACAUGUCCAUCGGUACGUGUCGAUGUUGCCAUAACAAAUCUUCAAACAAAUAAACUCGAACGAACAAUUGAAAACAUCCAAACGAGCACCGUUCGAAUCGAUCAAUUAUUUCCCAAUGAAAAUUAUUCAAUCACCGUCAAAAUAUCCAAUGAAAUAGAUACACGUAUUUUACCAGCACACGUCUUCCAAACGCUUCCAUUCGCAAGUCAACAAACUGAAACUUUGACCAAUGAAGAUCUCUUAUCAAUUGAACAUAUCGAAGCAUUUGUACUUCCACACACACUUCUUUACAUCGUUACAUUACCACCGCAAAUGCGUCGAGCAAGCAUUCUGGCGAAUAUUACUCUUUCUUAUUUUCACAAUCGACGACAAUAUCAGUAUCAUCAGCUUGUCAAACCAUUAGAUAAUAAUGUUAUUUCACAUCUUGGUCGGCUGACAACAAAAACAAUCGCGUUUUCGCUUGAAUUGCCAUAUGAAAAUAAGACUUCAAUAGAAUACACAAGUUUCAUUCAAUUAUUUCUUUCAAACGAUCAACGACACUCGAUUGUUGAUCAUCCUGUUAUCAUCGAAUCACCUCAACCGAUAACGAUGGAAUUCAUUUCUCUUUCCACUCGAUCGAUGCGUGUAUCAAUACACCAUUUAUGUUUAUCAUACAUCGAAGUAAAAGUAACUGUUUACCAAAAUUCAGAAAUUAUCUCUCGUGGUCAAUGUGAUAUUAAUAAGAAAGACAAUUCUCUCGAGGCCAUUGUCAAUGGACAGUGUUCUUUAAUGUUUGAUAAACUUCAACCUGAACAAAACUAUUCACUAUCAAUUCGCACAACAUGUCCGAUAACAACCUCAUCAGGAGCAUCAUAUGUCUUUUAUGAUCGUGCGCGUGUCUUUCCAUUUCAAACAACAAGCGGUUUACCAGAUGACAGAUCAUUCCUAUUAUCAUUUUCUCAAACUAAUCGAACAAUAUCAUGGAAGGAACCAUCAUCAAACAUGUCUUAUUUUGGUCCUGAUUAUUACUAUCAAUUAUUGAUCAAAUUAAAUCAGAAUUGGACAUUGAUCUACCAGGGAAAUGAAACAUUUUAUCAAUUGAACAAGACGUUAAUUGACAGGACUAAUCUUACUUUCCGAUUGUAUGUGGGCAAUCGGUUCGGACGACAGGAAAAGAAUUACUCACAAAUUGACAUACAUAUUAAUGCUGUUCGUCCUUCGUAUACAAACAAUCAAAUUGUUUCUUUUACACUUUUAAUAUUAUUUUUACUUCUACUUCUUUUCGGCUUUCUAUGUUUUGGAUUCUAUCUGCGAAAUAAAAAACUCUAUGGUAAACUCAAAAAGAAGUAUUACCAAAAUGGGGAAAUAUCGGAUAAGGAACUGGAACAUCUUCGAUCGCUGACUCAUCCAACUGGAUUGAAAGAUAAUAUUCUCUAUACCUGGAAUCACACACCAACGAAUGGUGAUUUGAACAAACUACCAACAAUUGAACGUGCUUUGAUUAAACUUGAUCGAUUGAUUGGCAAAGGAGCAUUUGGUGAAGUUUAUGCUGGGACGAUGCUGUCAAAGCAACCAGUGGCGGUCAAGACGUUGCUUAGUACUGCUUCAUCCUCGCAGCGCGUGGAUUUUUUGAAAGAAGCAAUCAUUAUGAAUCAAUUUAGUCAUGAGCAUAUCAUACAUUUAUUAGGUGUUUGCUUUCAAAAUGAUAAUCAACCGCAGUUUCUCGUUCUUGAAUUAAUGAAUCGAGGAGAUUUACAGAAUUAUUUGCGACGUUCAAGACCAACAAAAGAGAAUAAUUAUCAAUGUCAAUUAUCGUACGAAGAUUGUUUAGACAUUGCCAAACAGAUCGCUGAUGGUGCUUGCUAUCUUGAACAACAUUCAUACGUGCAUCGAGAUUUAGCGGCACGAAAUUGUCUUGUUUCAACAUCAGAAAAUGGAAACAUGGUUGUUAAAAUCGGAGAUUUCGGUUUAGCAAGAAUGUUGAGUCAACAAGAUUAUUAUCGAAAGACAGGUGAAGCACUUUUACCUGUACGAUGGAUGGCACCUGAAUCUUUGCUUGAUGCUCUAUUCACCUCGCAUUCAGAUAUAUGGUCGUUUGGAAUUGUCAUGUGGGAGAUUAUCACAUUAGGCCAAGUGCCAUAUUCACCAUUGAAUAAUCAACAAGUUAUAUCGUUAGUAACUACCACGCGAGGAACAUUACAGAAGCCAACACAAUGCACUCAAACUUUAUAUGAAUUAAUGAUAACAUGUUGGCAUUAUAUCCCAGAAAAUCGGCUGAAUUUUCGAGAUGUUCAUUCUCGUCUGAAUGAAAUUGAAUUGGAUAAACAGAAAGAACAACCAGCAACGUGGUUUUCCUAUGAAACAUCUUCAGAAACAGCUCGUCAAGUUGUCAAUGGUGUUUUGAGUCAUAUUGAACCGCCAACAUCCAUAUCAUUUGAAGGUUCCGACGCAGGUGAAUGUCGCUCAUCAACAUCAGGUUGUUUUUCAUCAAUGACCGAAAGCAACUCACAAUUGCAUCAUCAUUCAAAUCGACUAGCGUCACCUUAUCAAUUGCGUUUAAUUGACGAUACAACGAGUAAUGAAUUCAUGGGAGACAGUCACAGUGACAUUAUUGUACGUUCUUUGUAA